CUUCCCUCCACCUUCUCGACACUUCCUUGGAGCGUGCAACGAUGUCGAGUCCCGAUUCCAAGCGCAGCAGCAGCGAACUGAAGGGCGGUGUUGUUGAGAAGAAGGAAGAUACCCAGCACGCAGUGGCGCGAGUCGAUGACUCCCAUUAUGACCCUGCAUAUGUUGCCAAAGUCAUUCGAAGAAUCGACUGGCGCAUUCUUCCAUUGCUUGGGCUACUUUACUCCAUCGCUCUGAUUGACCGGACGAACUUGGGCAUUGCACGUAUAGUGGGGUUGGAAGAAGACCUGCAACUUUACAUCGGCGAGCGUUAUUCGAUCGCAUCCAUGAUCUAUUUCCCUCCAUACAUCAUUCUGCAACUCCCUUCAAACAUUGUUCUACGCUGGUUGGGUGCGCAACUCUGGUUAACCAUCUGCGUCGUAGGCUGGGGUGCCGCCCAGAUCGGCAUGGCCUUCGUCCCCAACUGGGGUCUCCUCUGCGUUACCCGCGUCCUUCUCGGCGUCUUCGAAGCAGGAUUCUUCCCCGCCCUCGCUUUCAUCAUCCAAACCUGGUACAAACGAUCAGAAGUACAAAAGCGUUUGGCGGCGUUUUACCUCAUUUCCAUCGUGUUCGGCGGAUUCUCUGCGAUUCUGGCGUACGCUUUGCACCUCUUGAAGGGAAAGGGUGGUUUGAAUGGAUGGCAGUGGAUCUUCCUCAUUGAGGGUCUCCUCACGGUCGCCCUUGGUCUUCUUACGUGGUUGUUCGUUCCGGAUUUCCCGGACAAGAACAGGUUCUUGAAACCUGAGGAUACCAAGAUGAUCAUGGACCGUGUUGAGGCCGAUCGUGGCGACUCUAUUCCUGAUCCCAUUAACAUCAAGGUCAUUAUCAAACACCUGUCUGACCCCUUCCUGUGGUCAUUUGCUAUCAUGUUCUUGGCCUCGACAAUGCCCGCCUACGCAAUUGGUUUCUUCAUUACGAUUCUCCUCAUGACCAUGGGCUUCUCCAUCACGGAGUCUCUCUGUCUGAGCGCCCCUCCAUACAUCGCAGCAGCCAUCUCUUGCUUCUUCUUCGCCUGGCUCUCGGAUAAGACGAAACAACGUGCCCUCUGGCUCGCGGUCCAGAACGUGAUUACCAUCGUCGGACUCAUGAUUACAGCUUAUGCUGGUCCCGCCGGAGCACGUUAUUUCGGCCUCUUCCUCGUCAACAUGGGUGCUUCAGGAUGUGUUCCUGGUGUGCUGGCCUACAACGCCAACAACAUCACAAGCCACAGCAAGCGCUCAGUUUCGACUGCCAUUAUCAUCGCGUUUGGUGGCAUUGGAGGUAUCUUUGCGACCCUGGUAUUCCGACAGCAAGAUAGUCCCCAGUACAUCCCGGGUAUCUGGGCCACGAUGGCUUGCCAAUUUGCCAUGUUGAUUUUGCUCGCGAUCAACACCUUCGUCUUCACCCGUCGUAACAAGGCUGCUCGGGAGGGCAAGCGCGUUAAUGAGGAGACUCCUGGAUUCAUGUACACCAUCUAA